CCCCGGCACGAUUAAGCCCGCCCCUCGCUUAAUCCGACACAGAGAAAGGAAACUGCUGCUGCCGCGGCCGGUGCUUUCUGCUGAUCGCAGCCGGCUCCGGCUCCUCCGGGCUUCGUCGCCGCCCUCAUGGCUCCUGCGUCGCGGAUCUCGGACCUGCGGCAGGCCGGGAACGAGCAGUUCCGCAACGGGCAGUACGGGCAGGCGGCUGCGUUGUAUGGCCGGGCGCUGGAGCUGCUGGAAACGGCAGGGGAGGCAAGUGCAGAAGAGAAGAGCGUUCUUCAUUCCAACCGUGCUGCCUGUUACUUGAAGGAUGGGAACUGCAGCCUCUGCAUUAAGGACUGUUCUGUUGCCUUGGAUCUUAUCCCUUUUGCAAUCAAACCCCUUCUGAGGCGGGCAGCAGCUUAUGAAGCUCUGGAAAGAUACCAGUUAGCCUAUGUGGACUACAAAACUGUAUUACAAGUUGACUGUACUGUACAAGCUGCACAUGAUGGAGUCAACAGAAUGACCAAGGCCUUACUGGAAAAGGAUGGCCUCCAGUGGCGCCAGAAACUGCCACCCAUCCCAAGUGUUCCUGUUUCUGCUCAGAAAAGAUGGGAGCCCCCUUUAGGAAGCCACGAAGCUAUUGCAAAAAGCAAAUCGAACGAUUCUGUAACAAAGAAAGGUGAGUUGCCUACAGUUGCUACCACUGAACAAGCAAAUAAGCUGAAGAUAGAAGGAAAUGAAUUUGUGAAAAAGGGCAACUAUAAAAAAGCUAUUGAAAAGUACACGGAGAGCUUAAAACUUCACAAGCUGGAAUGCACCACUUACACUAACAGAGCUCUUUGCUACCUGAAUCUGAAGCAGCACAAGGAAGCAAUUCAGGAUUGUUCAGAAGCCCUUAAAUUAGAUGCUAAAAACAUCAAGGCGUUCUACAGACGAGCACAAGCAUAUAAAGAGCUCAAGGACUACAAAUCCAGCAUGGCGGAUAUCAACACUCUCUUGAAAAUUGAACCAAAGAACACUGCUGCUCAGAAAUUACAGCAAGAAUUAAGGAAACUUUUAAAAUAGUCGCUCAAGAACAAUAUUGGGCUAUUCUGAAGAUAACAUUUUUGCUCCCUGUAAAAACUGUCACUGGGACCAGGCUGAAGGCAGGGCCUGGUAGGAAAUCUUGCCUUCCAGACCUGCUGACACUGCUCGGGUUUCAUGCUAUAUACAUAUAUAUUUUAAGAGUUAUUCAGUCUUUCUAUCAAGCCUUUAGAAAGUUCAGAGUAACCUCUGAGGUUCUUAACUUCCUAGCACAGUUACUGGUUUUUAAGCAACUGAAAAAAGAUCUCUGUAACAGAUGGGGCAAAACAACACUUGAAAGAACUUCAUACCUACAGUAUUGGUCUACUGAUACACCUGGGUAACAACAACACUGGGUGACAGUGUCAAUGAAAGGCUUUGGAUAAUGCAGCAGUAGAGGGAAGUAAGAAAAAGUUGUGUGCUUUGCCUUAACUUCUGUGCACUGAACUACACUGCAGCAUUUUGUCCCCAGAGUCAUAUAGAAAUUUCAAAGUUGCUUCCCCUCCAUUACCAAAGAGCCCAGUAAAUCUUUGCUUUCUAUAUAUUUUUGUGAUUUGAGUUUUUGUUUCUUAGCCUCAGCUUCCUUAAGGUUAAAUGCCUGUGUGUUUCGUAGAUGCAGAUGUACACUAUUGUACAAGGCCACUUUUCUCAUAUACAUGGAAGGAUAUUAACUUUCUUGCCAUGUAGUGGACAAAGAAACAAUGUAGAGCAGCAUGGAUGCUUUCCUUAUCACAAGUCUGGACUUGUAGCUUCUAUUUUCACAAAUAAGCAGCUGAGUUACUAAAACUUGACAUCACCAUUUCGGACUGCAGGUAGGACUCAGGGCUUCUUUUAAUAAAAUAAAAGUUCCAUUCUUUUGGAUGCAUUGAACCCCUCUAGCAAUCUGGAUUGGUACAAGCUUGGAUGCAUCAUCUGUUUUGAAAGAAUGAUGUUUUAAAUGGUUACUUGUAACAAAGGAAGCAUAACCUGCUUGGACCACUCUACCUUCCCUUUUCAUAGAGCUAGACUUAAUUGUGAAUCCCAUUUUCCACUCUUGAAGCUAUUGUAAGAUUAGACUAAAGGAAGGUUGAUAUAUGGCCUUUUAACAUAGGGUAUGCACCAAGUUCUUCCUAGUACUCACAUAUUGUAAAGAUACAAUGCAAAUGGCAGCUGCUUAUUGUUUGGAAAUUUUGAGAGGGGAACGAUUCCCCCAGCACUCUUGGGUUGUUAUCUCUCUCCCCCUGCCCGCCCCCCCCCCCAUUUGAGGCCUUGCCUGUAAGGAGUGAAGCUGGAUUCUGAUAUCAUAAAUUGGUCCGCAUUCUGGGUGUUAUUUUGAAAUUUUAAAUAAACAAGUUUAGUUGACUUCA